AUGGCUUUGGCGAAUCCAUACGAAGUUGUCAUUCCUUCCGAUUCUGAGGAUGAAGAUGACUACACCGAGGCAGUUUGGAUUGAAGAACCAGAAGAAACUCCAGUCCCACUUUUGAUCAUCACAAAUGGACUUCUCCCGAAAAAAGCGAUGGAAGCAGCAGUCAACCAAUCUACAGUAACUCGUACACCUUUUGCUAAACUAAGGGAAAAGUCUCUCGUGCGCGAUAUGACUUUCGAACUGAUUUCGACGACGGAUGAAAAGUUCGUUUGGGCGCAUGUUGAAAAACCAUUCACGGGCAAAGCAGCAGUUCUUGUGGGCGAAAAAAUCGCGCAAAUCGGUUUUGAAAAGAUCGAUAUUAUUGAAGCGGAAGCUUGUCAGUUAGCCCUUCAACCCCCAGGACUUUACAAAAUUGGUGAUUGCGCUGGAGAUCUGACAAUUCCAGAACUUCCAAUUGGUUGCGCGGCUCAAGACGUAGCAGGCUUCCUUCUGACAAAAAGUAUCCUCGGAAAAAUUAAAACAAAAGUGCGCGGCUUGAUGCUUUUCACAGAAUACCUCCGAAGUCCCCAAAUCGAAGAUCUCCUUCUUUACGAUGCGAUUUUGCCAAAGUCGUUGCAAACUAAAUCUCGUUUUGAUAAUUUAUCCAAGUUUACUACUGCUGAUAGGCUUAAAGAUAAUAUUUAUGUCUAG